UCUCUCUCUCACUCUCUCUCUCUCACUCUCUCUCUCUCAUAAGAGCAGCACAUGCACGUACACUCGCGCACACACCCACCUACCACGCAGAGACACAACCUCAGGCGCGCUUACACACACUCAGACACACACGCAGACACAGAAGGGCACACCGAGCAACCUCAUCUACCAGCUCCAAGACACAGCCAGAGCCAGCUAAAAGACACAGCCCCGUGACAGCAGACCAGCAUGGAUUACCUGAAGAAGGGAUUCUCCAUGGCCAAGGAAGGCGCGGUGGCGGCAGCGGAGAAGACCAAGGCAGGGGUGGAGGGGGCAGCUGCCAAAACCAAGGAGGGGGUAAUGUAUGUGGGGAACAAGACAAAGGACGGAAUGGUAGCAGGUGUGAACACAGUGGCCCAGAGAACAACUGACCAGGCCAAUAUUGUCGGGGACGCAACGGUCGCCGGGGCCAACGAGCUGUCUCAGCAAACAGUGGAAGGGAUGGAGAACGCAGCGGUGAACUCCGGAUUGGUGAACCAGGAACAGGAAGAAGCUGUAGCUCUGGACACUAAGCCUGAGGUGGCUGGUUCUGGUUCUGAAGGGAGUGACUUCUCUCAGGGAGCUGAGCAGGCAGGACAGUAGGAGUGUUGGUUCUGACAUCAGUGAUCUGCAGCAGCCUCCCUCAUCCUCUCUUCUGGAAGAAAUCCUGUGUUAGAUGCUGCUCGUCCUGCGUCUCCCAUUGCCAACUCUUGUUUCUGGGGAGCCCUACCAACCCCGGGGUGCCCGCUCUGAUGCUUUCUUUGUGUGACUCGAUGGAAACUAAACAUUCUGAAAGAUCCUCCCUAUCCACAACACCCCUCACCACACAAGCUACACAUUCCUGCCCUUAUACCUUUACAGUCCAUGUCCUUCACCCCUGACUAUUACCCACCUUACCAUUGUGACCAUCCCCACCCCUAUUCCCUUUGCCCACCACUCCAGAUCAUCCUACACGAUACCACACAUACACAUACAUACAGUUCACACAUGCAUACACACCAGGACAUUGAGAAAGACUUUGCAGAAUAAUACUUUUAGUCCUCUCCUAGAGGUUUGGCAAUGUGAGACUUACUGGUCGUGUGCACGCUGUCAGAUAAUGUAACACCUGUACUUACACAGUAGAUGUACUUAUGUCAGUAUAUGCGUUGGUCAGGUUUGUUGAUGAAGAUGUGUUUGAAGUGAGUUAAUUUAACCCCUUGUGUCUUAAUGCCUGACGUCCCCUCAUCCUUAUUGUGACAGAACAGAGGGUGACACUUUAUUUAGAUAGUUUGCUGAUAGUAUGAAAAUCCGGACUAUCUGUUGAUAAGCAACCGCUUGCUAAGGUUACUGCUAGGGUUAGGUUUAGAACAAGGUUUAGGGUUAUUAGCUAGUUAGUUGAAAUGUUACUGAUAGUCUGUGGAUAGUCCAUCUGUAGAUACUCUACAGACUAUCCAAAUAAAGUGUCGCCAAACAGGGUUCAGGGUCAGAGUGAAGGUUGAAGUUAUGGAUUAACAGCUCCGUCAUCCCUCAUAUUGUCUUUUUACUCCCCCAUCACAUGACCCAGGCAGUCUCGCACCUGCAGUGGGGCUGCAGUACAGACAGGGUACUCUGUAUCUCAUAAACAGAUACUGUCUGUGGUGUUUCCUGCUGCCUCUCCGCCCAAACCUGGGUCUGCUAUAUAGAGAAAUCAAAGAGAGAAAAGUUACAUUAGGAGUUUGCAACGGCCUUUAUCUUGUGUUUGACUAGUUGCAAUGAAAGGCAAUAAAAAUGAUAUGUAUGUAUGUGAUCAGAUUAAAGAAAUAGUGUAAUGGCCCCACUUCCAGAUUCAGUAUGUAUGCCUACCUCAGAAGUGGAUACGAGUAGUCGACAGAUGUAAUACCUUGACAUCCCGUACAUCUGGUCUUCGAGGAAUACAAUUUCUCCACGCCCUCAUCACGCUUUCACUCUGUUCCUUCAUUCAAGCGACGCCUACGGUCACUCAACAAUGUACCCUGCCCCCUCCCCUGUCUGUCUGCUUUCGGUGACUUAAACAGGUCUUUUAAACCGUUACAGUGUUUGUCCUUUGAAGCCAUCUCAAACGAGACUGCGUGUCGCCUUACUAACAUCCAGACACAUAGACUCAGACACACAUUCAUUGUUACUAAAAACACAACCUCACACAAAUUAAAAUUCACCUAUUACACACAUGCAUCCAAACACACAUGCAUCCAGGUUACAUUCACACUGACACACACAUUCAUCCAAAAAUACAAAGAUAUAUGUUGGCAUCAAAGCAGACUGCUUCUUUUAUAAACAGUACAACUGAACUGAAUCCAAAA